CCGAUGAACUUCGAAGGUUAAUACCACAAUAAUCCAGUCAUAAUAUCAUAAUGGACUAUGUUAAGACGGGCUCCAUCCAGGAGGGAGGACUCUCACACCGCGGUGCAGUGGACACUGGGCUCAUUAGGGCACGCCUUGGCGUGUCGAGUUGCUGGGGAAUUUGAGGACGUUGAACCUUUCGGCGACAAUUCCCGGCCAAAAAAAUCCCUUGUUCCGCAACGCCGCAUCCACUCCGUGCUAAAAACGAUCAAACUAGUGUCGAGGGGGAUGCAAUGAUGCAUCGCAAUGGGGACUGGAAGGAGCGGUAAGAUUAGAAAAGGAGAAGAAAAUGGCGACGAUGAAGUGGGCCUCUUUCCCCCUUCCCCCUCUCCCCCGUCAGAAGCAACCAAGCCAAGCCAAGCCAGAUCCUGCAGAUCCACUUCCCAACCAUUGCCGGAUACAAAUCUGGCGAGUGACAGAUGUCAGAAGUCAAAUUCACGGCAUAACUGCAGUACAUUUCAUAGGGGACCGUUUAUUAUUUCCCAAAUCGCCUCCUUCACAACCCUAUUUGGGCCAGCUUGCUGGUGGGAGCCUGGCACAAAGUGGAUUUGCCUGGGGAUUCACUUACACGUCACAUUUGCCAUGCUCCGCUCACUACGGAGUACACUAAUGUAUGACAAAAAAAAAAUGAUGGAAAGAAUCGACAGAGGACGGAGGACUGAAGAAAAUGGCAAAUGAAGAAGAAAAUCUCGAUUUCGGAGUGGCCCCGUUCAUCGUAAAUAGCAGAUCGAUCGCCCCCUUCUCGAUGGAACGAUUCGUAGUCAACUUGCUGUUUAAGUCUG